CCCGGAGCUCCACGGGCCGCUGCCGAGUCACCAAGAUCCUGAUUGAAGAGCCUUUGCUUCCUUGGCCAGCGUCAGCCCCUUGAAGUGCACUCACCACUAAAUGUGAAACCUUCCCAGCAAAGGUUUUGGCCUGGACUGUGCAGGGACCAGGAGAAGGAAGCAGGCAAGAGCUGUAACCACCAGCAGAGACCAAGGGCCAACGUCCCACGCCUGUCUGAAGCCUUACCCCAUCUUUCUCCCACCUCAGCCCCGUGCUUACAGAGUCCCAGGAUGUGGUGCAGGAGGCUGGUGGGUCUGCUGGAGAUGCCAGGAUGGCUGAGGGGAAGCUCUGGACAUUGCCCAGCCUGGUUGUCCCAUCACAGGAGGACCACCCUCGCUGCUGCAGCUCACUGGCACCACACAGCCCCGGAGUCCCUCAAGUGUGCCUGGCAGUUACAUGGUGACCAUCUAGAGCUGAGGUACAGGGACACCCUGAUGCGCUUCGACUUCGUCUGGCUGCGGGACCACUGCCGCUCCGCCUCCUGCUACAACGCCAAGACCAACCAGCGCAGCCUGGACACGGCCAGCGUGGACCUGGCCAUCAGACCCAAGGCUGUCCGAGUGGAUGAGACCACCCUCUUCCUCACCUGGCCCGACGGGCACGUCACACGGUACGGGCUGGAGUGGCUGGUGAGGAACAGCUACGAGGGGCAGAAGCAGCAGGUGAUGCACCCCAGGAUCCUCUGGAAUGCAGAAAUCUACCACCAAGCCCAGGUCCCCUCCGUGGACUGCCAGAGCUUCCUGGAGACGGAUGAAGGGCUGAAGGAAUUCCUGCAGAACUUCCUGCUCUAUGGCAUUGCCUUUGUGGAGAAUGUGGCUCCCACCAAGGACGACACAGAGGUCUUAGCAAAAAGGGUCAGCUUGAUCAGGGAGACCAUUUAUGGUAGGAUGUGGUACUUCACCUCUGACUUCUCUCGAGGAGACACUGCCUACACCAAGCUGGCUCUGGACCGUCACACAGACACCACCUACUUCCAGGAGCCCUGUGGCAUCCAAGUGUUCCACUGCCUGAAGCACGAGGGCACGGGUGGGAGGACCCUGCUGGUGGAUGGCUUCUACGCAGCAGAGCAGGUUCUCAGACAAGCUCCUGAGCAGUUUGAGCUGCUCAGCAAGGUGCCCUUGAAGCAUGAGUAUGUGGAGAAUGUGGGAGACUGCCACAACCACAUGAUUGGAGUUGGGCCUGUCCUCAAUGUCUACCCCUGGAACAACGAGCUGUACCUCAUCAGGUACAACAACUACGACCGAGCCGUCAUCAACACGGUGCCUUACCACGUGGUUCACCGCUGGUACGCUGCCCACCGCACGCUCACCACCGAGCUCAGGAGACCAGAGAAUGAACUCUGGGUCAAACUGAAGCCAGGCAAGGCCCUGUUUGUGGACAACUGGCGUGUGCUGCACGGGCGGGAGGCCUUCACCGGCUACCGCCAGCUCUGCGGCUGCUACCUGACCAGGGACGAUGUGCUGAACACUGCACGCCUGCUGGGACUCCAGGCUUAGCCCAGCCCACCCCACUCUCCAUGGAAGAGGUCAUCAGACCUCCAGCACCACCCUGCUGGCUCCUCUCACCACGCAGAAGACGUUGCACAUACCUCAAACACCUCCAUCCUCUCCAAAAAGUUCUCAGUGCCUCCUCGGGAGAGGGAGCAGGUGGAAACCAAAGGUUGUGGGAGCUUCGUGGGGCCAUCCUCUGCCUUGGAGCAUGGUCAGCUCUUGCUAUGCAUGCUCCCAGCCUGGCCUUUCGAGGUCCCCUGUCUCAGCUCUGCUGAGCAAGGGUUGAUUCCCACCAUGGGAAGUUCUCCUCCAAUCAAGUGCCUUCAAGAUUUGAAAUCUUGGGGUCUUUCCCUACUCAGCCUUUUCUGUCAGCUGAUGUUUUAGGGUUCUUCUAGCAGAGCAGAAUGGAAACCUCUGGGGCCUUGCCUUGCUCCAAGCUGGACUUUACACCUUCUAGAGAAAAUCAGAACCUCAUUGAUGAUGUCACUACUCAAAGGCUGUCGGCAUGUUGCAGUGACUUCUUUCUUCUCAAACAUACCUUGUGGUCCUGCUAGAGGCUGUGAUGCUCCAGGGGUGGCCUGGAGGGGAGGAGUGGGCACGACUGGAGUGUUUCUGACAAAUCUGGGGUUAGAAGGGACAGAGGGAAGUAGCAAGGGCUGUGUUGGGAAGGAGAGAUGAAGGAGCUAUUGACCAGUUGACCUCCAGUCACAUCAUGCUUGUGUUCAAGGGUGAAGCCUCAGCAGCUGCAGUAUUUGCUGAGGAAUUUCCCUCUCUGCUGCUCUUGGAUCUUGCCUGGAGAAGGAAUUUGCAAAGGUUAUCAUGAGGUUGACCUUUGGAGGUUCUUUUUCCUCCAGACUCUCCUGGGUAUGAAGGUAACAAAACUGGUAGCUGGGAGAAGAUGUCAGAGUCUGAACCUCAGUGGAAGGAACAGAAGCAAAUUCUGCCUUUAGCAGAAUCCUUGGAAUUUUAGAAGCAGGAGGAGACUUUGGAUGUGUUCAUUUCUCACUCCUCCAUAUCUUUGGGGGUCUUCACUCUGCUCUGAGUAGACCUUAACCAGGGCUGGUCCCUUUCCUGGCAGGCAAGAUGUUCUGAUUUCCAGGUGCAUCUGUGCUGAACUUGCUGCCCUCAUUGAAAAUAAAGACUGAAUGUAGAGAUCUCAGUGGUGAGACACUCCUGGAGGUUCUCCUCAUGUGAACUUGAGCUCCUUCUGCAGUUUCCCCUCUGUAGUGAGCUGUGGUUGCAGUCAUCAGCAGUUGGAAGGAGCUUUGGAGCAAAGGUUCAGCAGGAAGCAGUCCCUCCCUUGUGUAAGGGAGUGAUGGGAGGUUGGCUGCUGUCAGGAACAUCUCCCAGGGCUUGAAGUUUCCUCCAGGCAGAGCCAAGUGUUCCUUGAGCAGCCUGCAGCACAUGUUGUAGAUUCUGGAGGUGCCAGUUCCACUAACACACCUUAGAGAGGGAGCUUUGCAGGUCUCCAUCAAUCAUUUGAGGUGUAGCAAAGCACAGGCUUGCACACACUGUCCCUCACACAACCCAACCUUGAUGCUCCAGGCUGCUUUCUCCCUCUGCUUCUUGGUGAAGCCAUGGGCUGGAGCUCGAGGGAAGAGGUGGUGACCCAAACCAGUGUCUGAGCUGACAAAGGGUCCUGAGCAGGGUUGGGAGCCCUUGAGCUGUCGCUUGAGUGAUUUGAGGUUAUCAAGGGUUCCUGAGCUCUUCCUUGUGUCCCCAGGAUGUGAGGAACAGCACAGGGGUGAUGUGGACACCUUCCCUGAGUCAAUCAGCUUGACUUUCCCUGCUGAGGGGUUCUCCAUCAGCUGAAGAUCUGCUGCUGCCCUGAGCUGGCAUGUUCAGGACUGUGGCUGGCCCAAGGGAGACCCAACCAAAGCAUGUUGGUGACACUGUCAUGCCCCAGCUGCCUUUCUGACCCAGAAUGUGCUGACUGUAGCUCUGCCUCCCACUGCUGCUGCCAGGGGCUGUGGUCUGCAGGCACCAACCCUUCUCUCAGGAGCCAGCUCCAGCCUCAAGGUGGUUGUGGAGUUGUCCAUGGUGAAUGUAGAAGGGACACGUUUCCUCCUGGGUCCUGGGGUGGUUGAGUAACAACAAAACAGGGCAGGGGGAGAGCUGGGUUUAGACCUUGUGCUUCACCUCUCCCUGCUUCCCAAGAGGGCUAAGUUCUUCUGGAGCAGCUCCUGAGCACCCAAAGGCCAUUAGAAGGGCCAGGACUUGCUGGUUGUUGCUGUCUGUCUGGUACAGGUGGCUGUUGGGCUAUGCUGUGUUUGCUCUCAUGCUGGGAUCAGGUUUUGUAAUUGAGCUU